GCAGGGCAGUAUGGGGUGGCCCAGACCAGGCGCAGGGCGAUCAUCCUGGCUGCAGCCCCGGGUGAAAAGCUGCCCCGCUUCCCUGAACCCCUACAUGUGUUCGCCCCACGGGCGUGUUCUCUUAGUGUGGUGGUUGAUGAAAAGAGAUAUGUUAGCAAUGUCACUCGUGGAAAUGGAGGCAUUUAUCGCACAAUCACAGUGCGGGACACAAUGUCUGACCUUCCAGAGAUCCGUAACGGAGCCGCAUAUCUGGAAAUCUCCUAUAACGGUGAGCCGCAGUCCUGGUUCCAAAGGCACAUUCGUGGCUCUCAGUACCAGCCCAUCCUCAGGGACCACAUCUGUAAGGUCAGUUCCGUUUGAGUUACUCUGCACGAUUAUGAAA